AUGGACUUUAGCAAUGACGACCGUGAUGAGAUGCUGGAACAAAUUCGCGACUCUAUUGGAAAUGCAGAUUACCAGAAAGGAGUGCCCCAUCUUGCAGGGGUUAUCACUCCUUUUACUGCAAAGAACCCUCAGGCAAUUUUUCGAAGUUUUCUCAAACAGCUCAACGAGUUGGCUACCGCAUUAGGCUAUCGAGCACGAGAUUUGUGUAAGAUACUGCCUUUGUUAUUGAAGGUUCUUGCUAAGGCCAAAUGCGAUAAUUUACCCCGCCUAAUUAAAUCUGACUGGCGAACCCUGGUCACCGAAUUAUCCCAACUUUAUUCUAGCCCAGCGUGUAAAGCUACUGCACAGCACCAACUUAAUAUCAUAGAGCAAGGGGAUAAGGAACGCCUGUGUUUUUAG